AUGGUGCGAGGUGGCGGCGCGGUCGCUGCUGUCCGCCCGCCUGUUGCUCUGGCUCCCUCUCGCCGCCGCCCCCGCUAUUCCCCGGCCGCCCUCCUCCUCCUCCCGCCGCUGCUGCUGUCGGUGAUAUCAGCCCUGUGCCCGGUCACAGAGGCCUCGGGGAGAGCCGGGCGGCCCGCUGGAGCCGAGGAGCGGGGACGGGAUCGCCAGUCUGAUUUUCUUCACGAAAUAUUAUCGGAUUACGAAAUCCUCUCCUUAUCAGAUGUCCGUCAGCACUCAGUACGCAGACGUGAUUUAAUACCAGAGUCUCACGUAGAACAGACAUUGCAUUUUUCAGCUCUGAAUCAAAAUUUUAAAUUGUACUUAUCUGCAAGUGUGGAACGCUUUGCUGGCAAUUUCAAAGCAGUAGUGGUAGAUGGAGAUGGACAUGAGGAAGAAUAUCCUGUUCAAUGGAAAAACUUCUAUACUGGCCAUGUGAUAGGGGAGCCAGGUUCAAAGGUCCACGCACACAUUGACGAGGAGGAUUUUACUGCUAGAAUUGUUACUGACCAUGGAGAAUAUAAUGUGGAGCCACUAUGGAGAUUUGUCAAUUCUGCCCCCACUGAGAAAUUGUUGGCAUACAAAUCUGAAGAUAUCCGGGAAAUUGGUCGUUUGAAAUCGACAGAAGUUUGUGGCUAUAUCAAGCUGAAUAACUCCGAGCUCUUGUCUGAAGACAAUCUUGAUGAUAAUGAUUUUGAUGAUACAGAUGCAUCUUCAGAACACAUCCAGCGACACAAAAGGCAAAAAGCAAAUCUGGACCCAAACAAGAAUACUUGUAAAAUGUUGGUUGUAGCAGAUUAUCGCUUCUUCAUGCACAUGGGGAGAGGUGUGGAGAGCAUUACCAUCAAUUACCUGAUUGAAUUGAUUGACCGAGUGGAUGACAUUUAUCGAAAUACCUCUUGGAACAACGCUGGUUUUCGAGGAUAUGGCGUGCAAAUAGAAGAGAUUAUUGUAAACAAAGAACCGAGGAAGGUUAAACCAGGGCACAGACAUUAUAACAUGGGUGAUAGCUAUCCAGAUGAAAAGAAAGAUGCUUGGGACGUAAAGACUCUGCUGGGGCAAUUCAGUUAUGAUAUAGCCGACAGGGCUGCCAAAGUUUGCCUCGCACAUCUCUUUACCUACCAAGAUUUUGAACAUGGAACACUUGGGCUUGCUUAUGUUGGAUCUCCCAAAUCAACGGCAUUGGGAGGCAUUUGCUCUACAUCAGCAUCGUCUCGGAAUGUUCUUCCACCAGACUAUCAGCAUUCAACAAAAGAUCAGGAGGUGUACCUCAACACUGGAUUAACCAGCACCAAAAACUAUGGGAAAACCAUCCUUACAAAGGAAGCUGAUUUAGUCACUACUCAUGAACUGGGCCACAACUUCGGAGCAGAGCAUGAUACAGAUCACAACGAUUGUGCCCCAACUGAUGACGAUGGUGGGAAAUAUGUUAUGUACCCUAUAGCAGUGAGUGGCGACCAAGACAACAACAAGCGGUUUUCAAACUGCAGCAAGCGGUCAAUUUAUCAGGCGCUGAUUAGUAAAGCACCCCUGUGCUUCCAACCACGAAACAACAAAGUGUGUGGGAAUUCGCGUGUGGAUGAGGACGAAGAGUGUGAUCCUGGGCUGAUACAUCUAAGUGAUGACAAAUGUUGUACUGAACGAUGCAAACUCAAACCAGGAAAGAGAUGCAGUGAUAAGAACAGCCCAUGUUGUAAGAACUGUCAGUUUGAAAAAGCAGGAGAGAAAUGUCAAGAGGCAAUUAAUGCAACGUGCAAAGGAACAUCUGCCUGCACUGGAAAGGACAGCUCUUGCCCUCCUCCUAGUAAUGCCGAAAAUGGUACGGUUUGUGUGGACAUGGGGAAGUGUAGAGGUGGUGAAUGUAUUCCAUUCUGUGAGACUGAGCCGAUACACCUAAAAUCAUGUGCCUGCAAUGAAACUGACAAUUCCUGUAAAGUUUGCUGCCGAGAUAAUGGAAUAUGCCGUCCAUAUGAGAAUAACAGCGAACAGUUUCUGUAUCUGCGGAAAGGGAAGCCCUGCACUGUUGGUUUCUGUGAUGGAAAUGGUAAAUGUGAAAAGCAGGUACAAGAUGUUAUAGAAAGGUUCUGGGAUUUCAUUGAGAAAUUAGAUAUCAAUACCUUUGGAAAAUUUCUGGCGGACAAUAUUGUUGGAUCGGUUGUAGUGUUCUCUCUUUUGUUUUGGAUUCCUCUCAGUAUUCUUGUCCAUUGUGUGGACAAGAAAUUAGACCAACAGUAUGAGGAGACCACAAAAACGUUCUUUCCUCCCAGUAAUGCCGAGAUGUUCAGCAGCAUAGAAUCAGCCUCAGUCCGUAUUGUGAAGCCAUUUUCUCAGUCCACCAGUCGAUUUCAACCAGUACCACCUCCAGUGACACCCAUUCCUCCAGCCACAGUGCAAACAAAAGGUGACCACAACCGGAUGGAUACUAUACAGGAAGACCCCAGUGCAGACUCUCAGAUUGGUGAUGACUGUCUGGACGAGGACCAUUUUCCAAAUAGUAGCCAGGGAGCAAAAUCCUUUGAGGAUUUGACGGACCACCCUGGCACCAGGAGCGAAAAGGCAUCUGUAUUCAAAUUGCAGCGACAGACGCGAAUUGACAGCAAGGAGACGGAGUGUUGAAGUGUUUUUUGCUUAAAGUCAUAUUUUUGAAAAUGAACUAUUUAUCAUGUCGCUUCUCUUGACACAAUUCUUAUUACAAGUACAGCCAAAUCCACUUGUAUGCACUUGAUGUAGGCAAAAUUCACAACAUAAGGAUUUUUUUUUGCUGAAUCCUAAUUUGUUAUUGACCAGGUCAGACCCCAAUAACCAGAAUACAUUUUGUGUACAUUCAUUUCCCUUUUUCUGUCGGUUCUGACCUUUGCUUUCCACUGUAGUAAGAAAUUAUAUUACUGUUCGCAAAGCAUAUCUGUACAUAGCCAUUGGACAUCAUGUGAGUAUUACUUUCUUAAACUUUUUUUAAAAAACGAGAUACCGUUCAUUUGCAUUAUUACUGUAUGAAAGCACUGAGACAUGAAAGUGUAAGAUGGUAAGGAGGAAAUUAUAUUCCAGGAAAAUACCCAUGACAUUUAAGACUUGAAGCUUUGCCUUAUAAUCAAAUCUGUAAUCUUAACUAACAUUCAGUGAAUUUUUCCUCCAUCAGAACUUGUAAGCAGAAUGGGCACUUUUACAAAUGUCACUUUGAAACAGACUUGUGCCUUUUUCUAAAUGUAUUAAAAUUUGGGGGUAUUACUGUGACUGCAUUAUACUUUAUUAAAAAGUUUUGAUUUUUAA